CCACCUGCCUCAGCCUCCCAAAGUGUUGGGAGUACAGGCGUGAGCCACCAUGCCUGGCCUUUUUUCCUCUUUUCUACACUCCCUUUAAUUCUUUUAGCUUCCUAGGAGGUGACAGGAACAGACGAUUUCUUUAUCCUGGUGCUGUGUAGGUCCCUACCGAAUUGUGCUUUCUCCUCUAUAGACCUCGUCUGCUGAGUUCCUUUUCGCCUUAGAGCUUACAGGGCUUGUGCAAGGAGGUAAUUAAGUGUUUUCUUUGAAAGGUCUUUUGUGGGGAUGAGCCAGGGUGCAAGGAGAGUACAGUGCUCCAGUUACCGAAUUGAAACCAUCCCUGCAGUGGAGCAGCCUCCUCCAGUUUCUGUUGGGUUUUGAGCUACCUGUUAAAUAAGUCAGUGGGGUUGUCAAGGACAAAGCAGCCCUCCCUGGUUGCCUCAGGGCAAAAUGAGAUAAUUUUUCUUUCUGGUGAAAGUAUUUAAUCUGCAGAACUGAUGAAACUGUCAUCUGUUAGCGCAUCUGUGUCUUCGGGUCAUUGCCCAGGUAGCUGAUCUCUUCCCAUGGCUGCUGCAUGAGGUAGAAACUGCAGAGAGGAGAUGGAGGCACUGGUAGAGGUGCCACAGAAGCAGUGAACUGGGAAGUCUGGUUGGGCAGCUUGGGGCUAAGGCAGCAGCUGCAGAGAAGGUUCUUGAGUGUCUAAUUAGACUGGGGCAGUGGAGUCCAUCAGAGAGGUCAGGCCCCCAAGGCCUUCAUGAAUCAACAUGGAGGUCCCCUCCCAUUGCUCGUGACUCCUUCCUGUGGUUUUGGCUCAGAAUACCUGGAGUUAUCUUAGCUACCAUUUCCUUAGGAGUGGGGCUGGGAAUGGAAUUGGAGACAAAGCAUUUUCUGUCAUGCAAGGGGUAGCUGGCUGUCCUGACAGGAGACAGGGAAUGUCAUGCUACCAGGUUGAGUCGGCUAGCCUGUGACGUCAGCCCAGAGGGAAUAGGAAGGAAGAGUAUCUUUUGCCAAGACUUAAAUAGCACCAGGGAAUAUCUCGGUGCAGGAUCCACAUUCUGUGUACUCAUUCCUCCACUGGCUGUUCUUUGGUGAGGAGUAAUCGUCUGAAGGUAGGUUGAUGCGCCAACGCAGUCAGGAAGCCUGGGCGAUCUCUGCUACGGUGGCCAUGCCCAGAGACACAGUGGGUAGCUUUGUCCAUCUGGGCCACACUCCACCCAAAGGUCUGUCUACACAGACAAUUCCUAAGACUGCUUUGAUUUGGAGCGGCCUUUCUCACCCCUUCCCUGUGGCCUGUUGCUUUAGGUGUGCAUCACCUUGGAUUUGCUAUGCAACCAUGUGGUGUAAUAUAAGUACGAUUUCUGCAGGCUCAGAACUGUCAGUCUUACCCCCUUAAUCUGGUUGGAACAUGGGCACUGUCCGUAGAAAAAUGAAGUAACCUCCCUACUUCUCAUAGUUGGUGACUGGCCUAGCUGGGUCUUAGUCUCAGGUCUUUGCCCUCCCAGUGAGUACUCUAGGCCUUCCCACUAGCGGGUUGGGGAGGGAGGGCUCAGACUAGAUCCUCACAAUGGUGUGCUCUCCUAGGAACCAUGCGAGGCCAGCGGAGCCUGCUGCUGGGCCCAGCCCGCCUCUGCCUCCGCCUGCUUCUGCUGCUGGGCUACAGGCGCCGCUGUCCACCUCUGCUCCGGGGUCUAGUACAGCGCUGGCGCUACGGCAAGGUCUGCCUGCGCUCCCUGCUCUACAACUCCUUUGGGGGCAGUGACACUGCUGUCGAUGCUGCCUUUGAGCCUGUCUACUGGCUGGUAGACAAUGUGAUCCGCUGGUUUGGAGUGGUGUUCGUAGUCCUGGUGAUCGUGCUGACAGGCUCCAUUGUGGCUAUCGCCUACCUAUGUGUCCUGCCUCUCAUCCUCCGAACCUACUCAGUGCCACGACUCUGCUGGCAUUUCUUCUAUAGCCACUGGAAUCUGAUCCUGAUUGUCUUCCACUACUACCAGGCCAUCACCACUCCGCCUGGGUACCCACCCCAGGGCAGGAAUGAUAUCGCCACGGUCUCCAUCUGUAAGAAGUGCAUUUACCCCAAGCCAGCCCGAACACACCACUGCAGCAUCUGCAACAGGUGUGUGCUGAAGAUGGAUCACCACUGCCCCUGGCUAAACAAUUGUGUGGGCCACUAUAACCAUCGAUACUUCUUCUCAUUCUGCUUUUUCAUGACUCUGGGCUGUGUCUACUGCAGCUAUGGAAGUUGGGACCUUUUCCGGGAGGCUUAUGCUGCCAUUGAGAAAAUGAAACAGCUCGACAAGAACAAACUACAGGCGGUUGCCAACCAGACUUAUCACCAGACCCCACCACCCAUCUUCUCCUUUCGAGAAAGGAUGACUCACAAGAGUCUUGUCUACCUCUGGUUCCUGUGCAGUUCUGUGGCACUUGCCCUGGGUGCCCUAACUGUAUGGCAUGCUGUUCUCAUCAGUCGAGGUGAGACUAGCAUCGAAAGGCACAUCAACAAGAAGGAGAGACGUCGGCUACAGGCCAAGGGCAGAGUAUUUAGGAAUCCUUACAACUACGGCUGCUUGGACAACUGGAAGGUAUUCCUGGGUGUGGACACAGGAAGGCAUUGGCUUACUCGGGUGCUCUUACCUUCUAGUCACCUGCCCCAUGGGAAUGGAAUGAGCUGGGAGCCCCCUCCCUGGGUGACUGCUCACUCAGCCUCUGUGAUGGCAGUGUGAGCUAGACUGUGUCAGCCACGACUUGAGCACUCAUUCUGCUUCCUAUGUUAUUUCAAGGGCCUCCAAGGGCAACUUUUCUUGGAAUCCUUGAUCAAAAAGAGCCAGUGGGCCUGCUUUAGGGUACCAUGCAGGACAAUUCAAGGACCAGCCUUUUUGCCACUGCAGAAGACAGACACAAUAUGGAGAAAUCUUAGGACUGACAUCCCUUUACUCAGGCAAACAGAAGUUCCAACCCCAGACUAGGGGUCAGGCAGCUAGCUACCUACCUUGCCCAGUGCUGACCAGGACCUCCUCCAGGAUACAGCACUGGAGUUGGCCACCACCUCUCCUACUUGCUGUCUGAAAAAACACCUGACUAGUACAGCUGAGAUCUUGGCUUCUCAACAGGGCAAAGAUACCAGACCUGCUGCUGAGGUCACUGCCACUUCUCACAUGCUGCUGAAGGGAACAAAAAUAAAGGUAUUCGAUUUUUAAAGAUA